CCCCCUUUUUGGGCCCCCUCCCGAAGCAUUUCCAUAAUCGCAUGUACACUCAAAUCCCCAUUGACCUAUGACCUCACAGGCGGCGAGCGCGGCAGCUCCAGGGCAAAUGUGCACUUCAGUAUGUUUAGAUUUACACACCCUCAGGGAUUAGCGGAAUGACGGCGGAGAAGCGCGAAGGACGGCGCGGGCCGGGGACCAUUAGCAUUAGCAUAUGAAACCUUGUGAAACGCAUAAUAACGUAAAGAUACACCUGGAGCAACUUUUGCAGCAUUUUAUGCACAACGAUGCAAAGUAACGUUUCGAUAUACUGCCCAAAAGAAAGAGCGUUUGAAAAAGCCUGGUCAUAUUUCUUAGCUACCGCCCCGCAUUACGAUAACAGGUCUCAGGGAGGGAAGGGUGACUAUGCUUCUAUUUACAGCUGUAGAACCUGCAGGCGUGCAUGUCUUGCUAUCAACAGAUGACGACAGGUCGGGAUCGGCAGCAAUGUCGAUACCAAAUAGCGAGCAGCAGUUCACGGCGGACUGUGCCCGUGGGGCACACCCAGGGACGCUGGUCACAGUGAUCGUUAGCAAGACGGGCAGGGAUAAUGCAAGCUAUCCAUGCAGCCCUAGCAGUGUCACAACGUCUGACACAUCUUAUAUAUUCCUAUCAACUGAGGGACUGAGAGGCAGGCCAGAUCGGAAGACCGAUUGGUGUUACUUGCGCGAAUACCGUGAGGAGGUUACUGAGUGCUAUAUUGCGGACAUGGCGAGUUUUGGCGUGCAAUGGAGGGCAGUGACAGCGAGGGAUCCCAAGUGACAGUGUUCGCGGCGAUGCGUGGUUCGAUGCGGAGAAGAGCGACUCGGACAUUGGGCGAUUCUGGUAUGAUGCCAGCCGGCAUUUGUAUCGGUAUCAACAAAAAGUGAAAACAACUAUAAAAAAAGGACACCAGUGCAGCGUGAUUAAACCUUCCUUCAGUUUAAACCCCUCUCAGUGUAGAGCCUGGGUGGACCUCUACAUUGGUGAUGGUCGCGCAGAAUUGAUGCUAAUUGCAUCAAGUGUGUAGAUAAGGACUGUACAUUUAGGAGCGUCCUGGCCGUGUGUUUAUUGUCCAUGCUAUAUUAGAAUAGUUACGUUCGGUGGCGGAGUUAGUAUGUUUAGCAAAACGCAUAACUAGGUGCGGUGGUGUAAUGCCAGUGUCGGUGUAUUGAGAUAUGCCAUAGGUAGUUCAGUGUGUCAAGGUAGUUAAUAGGUAAUUAAGUUGGUUAGGUGACGUUUGCCAUGGUGACGGUAUUUAGAUCAUAUAAGGUGUUUGUAUUUAAAUAAGGCCUUCAGAAGUUGCGCGAAUAUGUAGUUAACGCUGUGCAAUCGAUAAGCAGAUCGCUAUGCAAUGACUUAGAUUGCGCUAUUAUCUGUGAAUGCUCUGCGGUAUUGAUAGAUUAGCAAAAAUAGCAAAACACAUAUGCGACAUAUAGCGAUAUUGUACACAGACAGCCGGCCGCGCCAGCUCGCCGCCGGCUAGAAGGUGGCCGGCCUUGCGACUGCGUGAAAACGUAUAAAAAGGCGCGUGUGACGCACGGGCGAGAGAUUCGUGCCCGAGGUCCCGACGCAGUGUGGUCUUCUUUGCGAUCAUACAACAGCUGUAGCUGGCUCACAGGAAGUCUACCUGUCAGACACCAACCUGGACUCUGGCACGGAUCUGGCAGGCAGCCGGUCUGGCAGCAUGUACACUGCUCCUCAGUACUCACACCCCAUGGAUACUCCGUACACGGACGGGACGCCAAACGAGCUGGUGCUGCCCCAGGCGCAUCUCACUGAGUGCCUGGGGGCCCUGGAUGCGGCUGUGAUCGCACUCCGGGCCAGCAAACAAGAAGGACAAGCCCUAGUGGCGAUGGAGCUGAAGUCGAAACUACGAGCGCUGCACGCGGUCGCGGACCUGUCUGGCGACGGCGACGACACUCUGACGCCGUUGGUGGUACCCAACUGUGGCGGCUCGGACGGUGACACGGGUGGCCCACUCCGACUCUCCGACCGGCGGCUGCGGCCGACGGCAGUCCCCGACAGGCGACUGGACAAGACCUCACAGAAGGCGGCGCCGGCCUCUCCCUCCCGCUCGGCCAAAGGACGCGCCUCCCGCGGCAUCAAACGGCCAAAACGCUACGACGACUUCCAGUGCGUCGACGACGCUCCGCGGGGCACCUCUCCCGUUCCCGACGCUGGCAGUUCCGACAUGACCGAGUUGGCCAACAAGCCGCCGGCGGCUCUGAAGUCCAUCAUUGGCAUCCUGCGCUCGGAGAACGCCGAGCUGCGAAGUCGGCUGGAGGCCGAGCAGGGCAGGCUCGGCCGUCUAGUCGACGAUGUGGAGCGACUGGUCGGCGGACUGCCAACGGUCGGUUGUCCUCAUUGCGGGUUCAGCUGUCUGGGACAAGAUCGUCUGAACAUGCACCUCAAGGAUAGACACGGUCACAUCGGCAGGAACGACAAAUUCAAGUGUGAAUGGUGUCAGUACUCUACGGAGAGAUCCGACCACAUGGCCGCCCACCGUCGUACACACACGGGAGAGCGGCCGUACCGCUGUGAUAUAUGUGACAAAACGUUUGCUGUUCGAUUUAGUUUGAAUAAACAUCGCCGCACACACACGGGAGAGCGGCCGUACCGCUGUGAAAUAUGCGACAAAACGUUUGCCGGACAAUGGACUCUAACAAUCCACCGCCGCUCACACUCGAGAGAGCGGCCUUACCCCUGUGAUUUAUGUGCAAAGUCGUUUUCUGCGCACAGUAAGUUGGCCAUCCACCGUCGUACACACACGGGAGAGCGGCCGUACCGCUGUGAUAUAUGUGACAAAACGUUUGCUGGACAGUGGAAUCUAACAAGCCACCGCCGCUCACACAUGAGAGAGCGGUCUUCUUACCGUUGUAAUAUAUGUGCGAAGUCGUUUUCUGAGCACAGAAAGUUGGCCAUCCACCGUCGUACACACACGGGAGAGCGGCCGUACCGCUGUGAUGUGUGUGACAAAACGUUUCCUGGACAAUGGAAUCUAACAAGCCACCGCCGCUCACACAUGAGAGAGCGGCCUUACCGCUGUGAUGUAUGUGCGAAGUCGUUUCGCCAUCAAUGUAAUCUGACCAGGCACCGCCUCACACACACAGUAGAGCGGCCGUAGUUUGAUAUACACCUGAGCCAAAACGUCAAGCACACCUGACCGAACAUAAACGAUGUCAUGCGCUGAUUGGUCAGACGCUGGUACACAGACGUACCCACAACACCGCCGAAAAGGUGGUGCGAUACCGUUGAAAGCUCGGCCAAGCCCGUACCAGGGAACGGCCGUACGGGCUACGACUGCCCUCCUGCGCGGUACGGUUCCUUCACCUAUCACGUGUCAUCAUAUACAUACGGGCCCACGGUGUGCUACAGAAACGUGACAAGAUGGUACAAUCCUGCUGAUUUGUGACACAGCUGAUUUUGUAGUGUACCUACCUGGUGAAACUGCAUGGGUUGCAAUACAAUUGGAUCGAGAAAA